ACCCGUCAUCCCACUUGCUUGUAGAUCUCGCUGUAUCCGCCGCUCAUGCAUAUAUGUAUGGGCUCGCUCCGCAGUGAGACGGCUGGGUAUUGAUGUAUUUUAAGGAGGUGGCUCCUGCUCCAUCCUCUGGCUCUGAAGGCAAAGAGUUGAAAUCGUUCAAUCGCACUCGCCUCGCUGUUCCAUACAACCCGCGUCUCAAUGCAGAGGCUGGAAGCGCAUCACUAAUGGCAACCAACACAAGAGAUUGCGGUAACGAGACGAGCACAGCGCGUUCGUCUAUGUGUGCAACCUUUUAUCGACUUUAGCAACGAAGCGGUCUGCAUUUUCUGAUUUUUUUCUUUUGGAUUAUUGGGAAGCAUAUUGGCUUCGUCGGGCAGAUUCAGAGACGAUGUCGCGGUUGGGGAUUUCCUUCUUGUGCCUGUGUGGAGCGAUGUACAUCGUAUAUUCCAGCAACCCAAACGAAAACGCCUUUUAUAAGGCUCGGCGUGAUGGAAGUGGGUAUCUUGGUAAAGAAAAUACAGUCCCCCUACGGUUAAUAUACCGUAUGGACAACUACAGUCAAACCACACACGACGUUCUCAACACAAGGAUCAGAGCGAGCUCCGACUCUAAACAGAGUAACCACGUAGCCCAAGCCAGCUUCCAGGUCGACGCCUUCGGACGAGCGUUCAUCCUGGAUGUGGAGCUUAAUCAUAAUCUCCUUUCCUCGAAGUAUGUGGAGAAGCACGUCUAUGAGGAGGGCAAAUCCAUCAUUUCCAGGGGGGGAGAGCACUGCUACUAUCAGGGAAAAGUUCGGGACAUUGCAGAAUCCUUCGUCGCCCUCUCCACGUGUCAUGGACUACACGGCAUGUUCUUCGAUGGGAAUCACACAUAUAUGAUCGAGCCUGGAGGAGACAGCAGUGUAGAUGUGGGUGAAACCCAGAUCCAUUUGAUCUAUAAAUCUCCUGGCCUGGAGGCUCCUGAGGGCUUCCUAUCUCCCAGAGAUCUCCUUGAGUCCCACUUUCAGACGCCACCUGUAUAUCCUGGCUCUAAGGUUGCACUCCGGAGAAGCAAGAGACAAGUAUCCAGAAGCCCACACAGUGUAGAGGAGGAGGCGAAAUACAUUGAGCUGAUGGUUAUAAACGAUCACCUCAUGUAUAAGAAACACCGUCUGUCAGUGGGCCACACAAAUAACUAUGCCAAAUCUGUCGUCAACAUGGCAGACCUGAUCUUCAAAGAACAGCUCAACACCCGUAUCGUGCUGGUGGCCAUGGAGACGUGGGCAGCAGACAAUCACUUCACCAUCAAUGACGACCCCAUGGUGACGCUCAAGGAGUUCAUGAAGUACAGGAGGGACUUCAUCAAGAACAAGGCGGAUUCUGUGCACCUGUUCUCGGGCAACCGUUUCCAUAGCAGCUGGGGAGGAGCCUCCUACAUGGGUGGGGUUUGCUCACUGACGAAAGGGGGAGGGGUUAAUGAGUAUGGAAAAGCGGAGGAGAUGGCCAUCACUUUGGCCCAGUCCCUGGGGCAAAACAUCGGCAUUUUCUCUGACAAGAAGAGAAUUCUCAACGGGGAGUGUAAGUGUGAUGAUAAAUGGUCUGGCUGCAUCAUGGAUGAUGUUGGUUUUUACCUGCCCAAGCGCUUCUCCGACUGCAACGUGGAGGAGUACCACAACUUCCUCAACAGUGGAGGAGGGGCCUGCCUCUUCAACAAACCCACAAAGUUGCUGGAGCCCCCAGAGUGUGGUAAUGGUUUUGUUGAGCCUGGGGAGGAGUGUGACUGUGGUACCCCUGCGGAGUGUGAGCUGGAGGGGGAGGACUGCUGUAAGAAGUGCACCCUCACGCAAGGCUCGAAGUGCAGCAAUGGACAAUGUUGCGGGAACUGCCAGAUGGAGUAUUCGGGGGUGGUGUGUCGAGAGGCAGUGAGUGACUGUGACAUUCCCGAAAACUGCACUGGCAACUCCAGCCAGUGUCCUCCAAAUGUCCACAAGAUGGAUGGGUAUACCUGUGAAAAAGACCAGGGCCGAUGUUUCAACGGAAGAUGCCGGACUAAAGACAGACAGUGUAAAUACAUCUGGGGAGAGAAGGCCACAGCAGGUGACAAGUUCUGUUAUGAGAAGCUGAACAUCGAGGGGACAGAGAAGGGGAACUGUGGGAAGGAUAAGGACACGUGGAUCCAGUGCAAAAAGCAGGAUGUUCACUGUGGGUAUCUGCUGUGCGCCAACAUCUCUCCAGCUCCCAGGCUUGGAGAGCUACAGGGAGGUCUGACCUCCUUCAGUGUGGCCCAGCACAGUGCUUCUCUAGACUGCAGUGGGGGUCACGUGCUGAUUGACGGGGACACGGACCUGGGCUACGUGGAGGACGGCACGGCCUGUGGCACCGACAGCAUCUGCUUCAACCAUAAGUGUCUGCCAGUGCAGGAGUUCAACUUCAGCACCUGCCCCGGCACCACCGAAAAGGUCAUCUGCUCCGGACACGGGGUGUGCAGUAACGAGCUGCGGUGUGUGUGUACUCUGGGGUGGGCAGGAGAGGACUGCAACUCCACAUCUCCUCUCAGCGCCCUCAUCGUGCGCCCCACAUCCUCGUCCUCAGCCCUGGUGAACACCAACAUCAUCGUCGGCGCCAUCACUGGCUCCAUCCUAGUGCUCGGGCUCAUCGUGGCCAUAUCGGCCUGGGGAUACAAGAGCUACAGGCAACGCAAAUACGCAGAGUCAGAAGUUCACAGAAGAUUCUGCCGACAAAUGCCAGCGGGUGACUAUGUGAAGAAGCCAGGCGACGCAGACUCGUUCUACAGCGACAUGCCGCAGGGCGUGAGCUCCAACUCAGCCAGCAGCUCCAAGAAGAGGUCGGCCUACCUGUCGCACCUGCAGAUCUACACCUGCUCCUUCACCCCCUCCAUGCCCUCCAUCAGCCAAAACAUCUCUCUGUUCGGCUUCAGGUCUAAUGGUCUGUCUCACUCAUGGAGCGAAAGAAUCCCAGAUGCCAAACACUCCGACAUCUGUGAGAAUGGACGACCCAGGAGCAACUCAUGGCAAGGGAAUGUAAGUGGAAGCCGUAGAAAGAUGAAGGGCAAGAAGUUCCGCCCGCGGUCAAACUCCACAGAGACUCUGUCCCCGGCAAAAUCACCCACCUCCUCCACGGGGUCCAUCGCCUCCAGCCGGCGCUACCCCUACCCGCUGCCCCCUCUGCCCGACGAGGAGCGGAAAGCCAACAGACAGAGCGCCAGGCUCUGGGAGACUUCGAUAUAAGAAGAUGCUGAUACCUACCCUGCAGAUCUUACGAACUACAUUUCCGUUCGCUUUUCUACAAAUGAGGAAUUAAAACAGGAACCGAAUUUAAACAGAGAAAAAACAAACAAGAAUGGAUGACUGAAGAUGAGGAUACAUGGGGGAAAAAAGGUGCAGUGGGGAGAAAAAAAAGUCCUCCAAGACUGUAGGGGGCGCUGUAGCAAGAGCAGCCCUCAUCCCACAUUCAGCUACACACUGCUAUAGUCCAUCGCCAACAAGCAAUGACACACCAACCCACUCACAACCACGGCGGGCCAACAUCACCAAGGCAACCAUUAGAUUUCCCCCUCAGAGUGGAUGGGAAUGAGUGGGCGGAUCUUUGGUCCCUCUAAGAACCCCAUUCAAUACCCUUUUCCCAUAUUGAUAUGCCCCGCCCCUUUCGAUACACAAACUCUUCUCUGAUUGGUGACCCAACUGCCUGAACAACGUUAGACAGGGCAGGGUGAAGCUAAUGUUAUUGCGGAGCAAGGGACAGGAAGGGAAGGGAAGCACGCAUUCACUGUAGAAACUAAAAAAAAAACACUUUAUGCAUGAGAGAAAAAAAACCUGCUUAAACCAUUCUUAGUGUUAUAACGAAGUGUUAAAAUGAAGAAGAGGACAAAAAAAAUAUUUUUCUUUUCUCUUUUUCUUGAAAUCAUACACUGUAGGUGACUGCAUGUGACUAAGGGGUUAACCUGUGUGCCAGUCUGUAUAAUUUGACGUCUCCACUACGCUAGUUCCGUUCUGUUUCACCUCCACACAGCACACCCCCCACACCCCCCCCCCCACCCCACAAGAAGCACGGGCCCAAAACCAUCUCUUGCUUUUUCUCCCCUCUCUCUCUUCUCCAUGCCUUUUGUACAUAUGUACAGGUCUGAGUUGAAAGACACACCGAAUGACCGGUGCUCUUUUCCUUCUCUUUCUUUUUUAAAGACUUUCUCUGGGAGGAGGAAGACGUGGUGUUUCUGAUCUUCCUCCUGCCAUCUCGUAGUAUGUGUUUAGGAGUACUGUGCGUUUGGAAAAGACAUUCCUUUUGUUUGUUAGACUAUUCUCCCCUUUACUUCCGUGUGUUUAUCUGUGAGAAUGUACGCGUGUUUCAGCUAGAGUGACUGUGUGUAGAUUUGUCCUCUGCAGAAUGUAACCCCCCACCCCCACCCCAACCCCUUUCAAACUAAUAAUGUUUCCACAGGCCAGCCUCAGUGUUGCUCUGACUGAUAUAGACAGCGUAACAUGUACCUGCACCCCUUUGAUAUGAGCAUGGGUAUGUUAAAUAGGAUCUGUGUAUUGGUGGAUUAUCAUUGAAAACAAUCACAGUUGCUGUGAUCUCAUCGUCCAAACUGCUGUGUCCUACAUUUCAACGGUGGCUGGAGGAUGUUGUGUGAUCUAACUGUAUAAGCACUGUAGUACUGUAGGGGGGCGCUGUUGAGAAUCUGUCCAUCUUGCCCUCUGAUGAUAGAUCUGAGGGAUCUCAUCAGUGAUGGUUGAAAAAGAAAAUGUUUUGACAAUACGGAUGGAGAAGUUAAUCGGUCUCAGCUGAAUUUUUUUUUAGAUGAGCUGAGAGGUUUGUCAGAAGUGUUAUUUGAGGGAUUGUAGUUUGAUGCUAGCAGCUAUUGGAAUGGCUUUAAAAAGAAAAACAGAAAAAUGUGAUAUGAUUGAAAAAAAAAAACAGAUGUCUGAUCUUUUUAAGAUAUUUUUUUCAUAUUUUCUCUGCUGGAUUCAUUCAUGCUUUUUGAUAGCACUGAUUAUACAUUCUGAUUUGAGUUGAAUGUGUCAAAUACAAACUUGCCUUUUUAAGCAAAUGCUUAACCAUCAGAAGUUAAUUUAUGUAGGUUCCAGUGAGAUAAUAUAUCUUAUGUAGGAUAAGAAGGUUACAUCUCCCUCCAUUAUAAGAAUUCAUCUAUCUAUACUAUUCAGAGGGUAUGUAUGUGUGUGUGUGUGUGUAUGUGUGUGUGUGUGUGUGUCUUUGAGCUAUUCACUGGAGGCUUGACAACACUGCGAUCAGUAGUUUAAAUGUGGUGGUCCUCAUGUGUACAUACUCCAUAUUCACCCAGACUCUUGUGUACUCAGAAGGCUUUUAUUUUAAAAUGUGAGCCUGCUGUUCUUUGUGUACCAAGGAGGCUUUUAUUUUGAAAUGUGGGCACUGAUUUCCUUUACCACUGUAUGCACUAUGACUGUACUUAAUAAUAUCACUGCAACAUUGAAAUGACGUUGCCAUGACGAGUAAUAAUAAUAACUAAGUAUUUUUAAGGUACCUUUUUAAUGUCCCCCCAUCCCAGUAUUAUGUAUAUAUGUAAUCCCGACAAAAUUAAGUGCAUUAUGUAUUAUUACUAUAGGUUUUUUUUUGUGUGUUAAAGACCGAGUUCAACUAA